AUGGAACUAGCACCUGGAUCAGACGUGAUCAACGUGUCUGCUUGGCUCCGCCCCCGCAGUAACGCCUCCUGGGAUCCUCCAAUCAGAGCCGAGCGUCCGCACAGCCCCUGGCAGCUCAGCCUCCUCGUCAUGGUGACAGCCUCCCUCAGCUGCCUCACGUUGCUCGGCAACACGCUGGUGAUCGUCUCCAUCAAAGUGAACCGCCGCCUGCGGACGGUCAACAACUACUUCCUGUUGAGCCUGGCGCUGGCCGACCUGCUCAUCGGCCUGUUCUCCAUGAACCUGUACAGCCUGUACCUGCUGCGCGGCCGCUGGCCACUGGGGGCAGCGCUGUGCGACCUGUGGCUGGUUCUGGACCACGUGGUGAGCAGCGCCUCGGUGCUGAACCUGCUGGUCAUCAGUCUGGACCGCUACUUCUGCGUGACACGCCCCUUCACUUACCCCACGCGGCGGACAGGGCGGAUGGCCGUUCUGAUGAUCGGCGCCGCCUGGCUGUUGUCCUUUGUCCUCUGGGCCCCCGCCAUCCUCUGCUGGCAGAAUGUGGGGGGGGAACGGUUGGUCCCUGAAGGACGCUGCUACACGCAGCUGCUGUCCAGCCCGGCCGUCACUCUGGGGACGACGCUUCCUUCCUUCUACGUCCCGGCCGUGGUCAUGAUCGUCCUGUACAGCCGCCUGUCGGCCGGCAGCCGCAGCCGGCUGAGCGUCCUCCAGUCGGAGCGGGGCGCGCUCAGGACGUCCGGUCCGUCCAUUAAAGACUUCCUCAUGAAACGAAGGAGCUGGGUGGCCAGCGACCCUUGCUCUGAUCUGUCUAUGAACCAAUCAGAGUCCAGCACAACAAAGACCAGAAGGAACCGGAGGGCGUCCAGAAGUCCCGGAGACACGUCAGAGCUCGGAGACAUCUGUCUGUCCCGCCAGCAGCGUCUCACCCAGUCCGCCGGCCGUCAAACCAGAUUUGAAGAUUACAACAAAAUUGAGAAUGACUCCUCCUCCAACACUGACCUCCAAAGGACGGCGUCCAUGGCUUUGUCCACCUGUCCCAGUUUCAGGUCUCAGGAGACGAGGAUGCAUCGAGUGAUGGCGAGGGAGAGGAGGGUCACCAAGACCAUCUUGGCCAUCCUGCUGGCCUUCAUCCUCACCUGGACGCCCUACAACCUCAUGGCUGUCAUCGCAGCCUUCUGUCACGUCUGCAUCCCAGACAGCCUGUGGACCGUGGGAUACUGGCUCUGCUACAUCAACAGCGCCAUCAACCCCGGCUGCUACGCCCUCUGCAACGUCACCUUCAGGAAAACCUUCUGCAGCCUCCUGCGCUGCCGCCGCUCAAACCUCCGCUGA